GUAGUACGAUAAUAUGGCCAAAACAAUCUGGCAACGCUGCUGGCUGGCAGGGGGGCGGUGACCAGUGUGCACCGGCAGGCGCGGUGGGGUGGUGUGUAGCUCGAUGGUCUUGCAGAUGUCGGGCGGCAUGAAUGGGGACGUGACUUCACCAGUGAGUGAGGUGAACAAGAUGAACAACAAUGGGGAAACUCAAGUACUUCACAAUAUCUACUUGCGGGAAAGAUUCAAGGACCUACACAAGACUCUGGAGAGUGAACUGAGUACCCUGGUGGAGAAGAAGCUGCAGGCAUUCGGCGAGGAGAACCUGCCAGUGUCCGGAUGUUUGGCCUCCUCCUCCUCCUCCCCCUCCUCUCUGUCCUCCUUCGUGACCCCCUUCACUGCCUCCUCCAUCCUCACGCAUUCCCACACCAGACACACUGACUCCAAGAAGUCUGCUGGUCACCUCCCUAGCCGAAACUUCUUGGCGCGCCCCUCGCUGCUGAAGGAGCUGCUGACAGUGAACCACAUGGAGAGCAUCUACAACAUCUUCGUGGCCAUCCUGGUGCUUCUUUUCUUCAACAAAGUGCUCGACGAGACCAUACACACCGGCAGCCCUAACCUGGACCUGUCCCUAAUCGUGUGGGCGUUUGGUGGGCUGGAUCGCGUUAUAGUGAUCUGGGUCUGUAUGUUCACCAGCACCUCUGUUUUGGUGUAUGUUGCCUUUCACCACUGGGCGCACUCGAGACACACCAUGCCAGUGGUGUACGAUGUUGUGGCAGGUGUGGUGUUCCUGCUGUACCUUGGGCUCUUCAUGUACCUGCCCCUUCAGUCCCUGCUUCACCACUUCCUUCCUCCAGCCUCGUCUUUCAUUAUUCUGUGUGAGCAGGUCCGCAUGUUCAUGAAGACCUGGGCCUUCGUGAGGAGUAACCUGCCGAGAGCAAGGAGCUACAAGAAGGACGACAACAUGACCCAAGGCAAAGGGCAGAACAGCUCCACACUCUGCCCUAACUUCUCCCACUACCUGUACUUCCUCUUUGCCCCCACGCUGGUGUACAGAGACGACUAUCCCAGGAACGAGACGUGUGACUGGCGGAAGGUGAUAAACGACUUGAGUCAGGUCCUCGGCUGUCUCUUCUACACUCACUUCCUCUUCGUUCGAUUCUGUGUCCCCGCAUUCCAGAAAUUUGGCCAGGAGUCUUUCAAUGGAACAAACCUCCUGGUGGCGGUUUUCUCCUGCAUGUUUCCUGGGUCCCUGGUGCUCCUGUGCGGGUUCUUUGCCCUCCUACACGCUUGGCUCAAUGCCUUUGCCGAGAUGCUGAGGUUUGCGGAUAGAAUGUUCUACAAGGAUUGGUGGAAUUCAACCUCAUACGCUCGUUUCUACCGCACUUGGAACUGUGUGGUGCAUGAUUGGCUGUACGAAUAUGUGUACCGGGAUAUUGUCAUGUGGCAGAGACGGCAAGGCGAUGGAUGCUCCAGGCUUCGUUGUUUUCCAAUGAUGGUGGUAUUCUUCAUCUCCUCAGUGGUGCACGAGUACAUCCUCUCUUUUGCCUUCAGAUUCUUCUACCCCGUUCUGCUGGUCAUGUUUGGCGGAUUUGGAGUGGCUUUCAUGUUUGUAAAUAGCAAAGCCAAGAAGUUCAACAUCUUCCUGUGGGUGACUCUGAUCUUUGGCACUGGCAUCAUCAUGUGCCUGUACAGCAUGGAGUGGUACGCAAGGAUCAACUGCCCUCCGACCUUUGACGGCUUCCUUGACUACGUUGUGCCCCGGAGCCUUAACUGUGAGUUCUCCUCCAACUGAGUGGUGGGGAGUGAUGGAACCUCACAACAGCAGCACUUGCCUGGGACGUGAUGUAAAGCCAGCGCUGUGUGACGGGUUCAAGGAAACUGUAUGAAACUGAUCUCAUGAACCUGACACUUGUGCUGUCUUGUUGAAACCUGAGCCAGACAAGUGACCAUUGUUUAAAUCCAUAUGUUUGUUUAUGUCUAUAAUGACUGAUAACUUACAUUACAGCCAACUUACUUGUCCUAAUUUGAGCCUAACUUUUAGAUUUGGGUGUUUUCUGUGGGGACUGGCAUCUCAGUGGGCCUUUUCUGUCUCUCUAUUUUUUGUUUUGUUUUGAACUUCCUGUUUGUUAUGAUAGCCCAGAGCCCCUCUUACAGAUAAGUGAUGAACAUUCCUGCAUCUUUGUAACUUGAUUCAAAUCCAUAUGUUUAUUUCCUUUUUUUUUUUUUUAUAUGUAUACUGAAAACUUAAUUCCAGCCAGCCAAACAUUCCUACCGACUAGUCUUAACUUAAGCCAAAUUGACUAAUUUUCCUGCAUGUGCAUAACUUGUUUCAGGUACAUAUGUCCAUUUUCCUUGAUUUUUAUGCAUAGAGUCAAGGAAAACACAUGCAGCCAGUCAGAUCUUCCUACUGACUAGUCCUAACUUAAGCCAACUUGACUAACAUUCCUACUUAUAACUUUGUUCUUAUGUCAGUUUUUCAUAAGGCUAGUGAUUCAAGACAUAGGAGGCCAGUUCUGCAGUGUUUUCACAAGCUUCUGAACCAAAACGCUCCUAAUUAAAUAAAAACGGUGAAUAGGUUUUGUUGGUUAGCAAACAAAGGGUGAGUGUGGAACUGGCCCAUACAUUACAUUCAACCAAAUAUUCCUAACAGCUAGUCUAACUUAACCCUUUGACUGCCACUUGGUACACUUUUCCCUAAUCACCAAUCACCCUGAGACAUCUUUACUUGUUCUACAGCCACAUCCAAUCUUUGAACUGGAAAGAAAUUGCAAAAUGUAUUCUUUUUUUCAUCAGUAACUUUCUGGUAGAUCCUUGUAAAGACUUCACACAUUUUUUCUGCUGCUGCUAAUUGUUUCGUGUUGCAGUGAAAGGGUUAACUAAUCUAAGCACACAAGUAAUAUAACAUUCCUAACAUUCCUAGUAAUAUAACAUUCCUGAUUCAAAUGGAAAUGUGUACUUUUUAUAAGGUUAAUGAUUGGGAACGUGCAUUUCAGUCAGCUAUGUAUUCCAUUCAGCUAUAUAAUCUUACCUUAAGCCACAUGAACAUUAUUUUAACAUGAUACUGUGCUUAACUGAAAUCAAAUGUCUUUUUUUUUUUUUUUUUCUUCAUAGGGAUAAUGAUUCAAACUCUUAUUGCAGUUGUUAAAUGUUUGCUCUACGUCAGAUGUGUGUGUGUGUGUGUGUGUGUGUGUGUGUGUGUGUGUGUGUGUGUGUGUGUGUGUGUUUUGUAGGUUUUUAAUAGGUUUGAUAAAGACAGUGUUUAUAUUACUUAACCCUUACACUGCUAUGAUCACCCGGUAGCAUCCAAAACUGUGAGAAAAAUGUUUGCAAGGACAGAAAGAGAAAGAUAAAUGAAAAAAAACUAAGUUAAUUUUGUUUAAGAGACGAGUACAACACUAAGAGUCUAUAGAUUUACAGAUAAUCACUGAGGAAAAAAAAAAAAAUGUAUAGCAGUGAAAGGGUUAAUGUCUAUUUUCACAAAGCUAAUAACCCAAAAAAACUAACAUGAUAUUAAUUAUAAUUUCAUGUCAUCAAAAGAAAUGAUGUAGGUAUUCUCAACAUUUUUUUCACAAGCUUAUAAGAAACCCUGACAAAGCUUAUGUAUAGUUAUGAUAUAACUAAGAGAUCUAUUUUCAUAAACCUAACAUUUAAGAAUCAAGACCUCACAUAACACUCAGAAAAAAAAAGGUUAAUCACUGUAAAAGCUCCCUACAUUUACAAGUCCAUCAGAAAACAAGAGUGUGAUGGUAAGGGAAUCUUGAUUUUGAGUCAUCUGUACUAUGUAAGAUGUGCCUUGAAUACCUAUAUUCAGCUGUACAAGUGCCUCUUGUGAACUGCCUGGAAGAGUGCAGGGCAAGUACAAAGGUUGAUGGCUGAGGUGUGAGAGUGCCAGUGAGAGUGCCAUUGAAGGGUGCCAGAAUGCCUUGUCUUGUUGUUAUCCUUGUUGGGAGUUUUGUUUUCCGAAGGUGAUAGAGGUCAGUGUCUGUGGGCUGUUUGUUUUCAUUAUUUUGUUGUUGUUUGUUGUUUGUUUAUUGAAGUUUUUGUGGGUGUUGCUUGUUUAUUUAUCUAUUUGUUUAUUUAGGUUUGUGUUAUGUGUGCUGUGGUUGCUUUUUUAUUUUAUUUAUUUAUUCAUUUGUUUUAUUUAUUGAUUUAUUUAUUUAGGUUUAUGUGGGUGCUAUGUUUUUUUUCUUAUUUAUUUAUCUUUUGCUUAUUUAUUUGUUGUAUUUAUUCAUUUAUUUAUUUACUCAGUUACUAGUUAGUUUUAUGUGGGUUCUAUUCUGUGCAUUUAGUUAUUUAGUUAUUUUUUAUGUAUUUAAAUUUUCACUGGUGUAGAAAAUACUAAUGUGUCACGCUGCUUUCAUGAUUAUGUAGUGUUUAUUUUUCAUCCAUUUAUUUACUUUAAUACUUGUAAUUUUCAAUUUAUCACAUGUAUUCUAUUUGUCAUUCAUUUCUGACAUUUUUGUUCCAUUUAUUGUUAUUAUGUAGCGUGUGAUGGUAACAAUACAAUGGGCUACAUGAAUUGUGGAAUGACUCACUUCACUUUUUUGAGGCUGAGAGUGUGUAUGGAUGUCUUGACUAACCAAUAAUAGCAAUAGCUAGCUUACAUCACCACCACCACCACCACCACCCUCAUCAUCAUACUGUAGUUUUCACUUUUAUCACCAUCAUCAUUACCACGAUCACCAUCUCUUUUACCAUAUUCUAAAACACUUCUGUUCUGCACCCCACUCCUUUCAAAAUCAUCUCAGUGGCCUUAGGAAAUAGCCAUGGUGAGAAACCAAAGCAUUUUUAAGGCUGUUUUCAAGAUUCUAGUGACAGAUUAACAAUGUUUCUGCAUUAUGAAUAUGAGAAGCAUUCUUGAGAACCUGGCUGUUUAUCUCUGUGGCCUUGAAAAAUAGUCGUGGUGAGAGAGCAGAGUGCUUCUAAAUAUGGACCCUUAUCAAAGUUGUAUAAUAAAGGGAAGUGAAAGCAUCUGCCUCGUGUCUUUAGUAUUAUAGCUGCCAUCAUUGUGCAGUGUUAGUGCCUGUGAGGGUUUGGUAAGGCCAGAGUGACACAGACAAGGGUUCUUAAUAUGGCUUUCUCCUCACCCUGCAGGAAAAUAAGAAGGAAGUAUUGAACUGAGACUCCCAUUUAGGAGAGAGAGAGAAAGAUUGUAAGGAAAUGAAUUUAUGAAAUAUAUAUAUAUAUGAAGAAAUUAGUUUGUGAAAGUGUGCUUAAAAAAAAAAUGUGAAGAAAUUAAUUUGAAAUGUUUUCCGAGAGAGAGAGAGAGAGAGAGCUGAUGUAAAAAAAAAAAAAAUUUGUCUGUAAAAUGUAUGUAUAGAAAGACUUGAUGGGAAGGCCAUAAUAAACAUUAAAUAUGAGAGUUGAGUGUGUCUGUCAUGGUUGUAUAAUGGUGGUGUCAUGUGAUUGGUGUGUGUGUCUAGUAUCGUUCACUGCAGCAUGACUCGCUCUCUUUACUGCACUUGGAGUAGCAAGAUAUAUGAAACAUUAAAUCCCUCAUCUAUUUACACGUAAACAGUAUCUUAGUACGCCUUAAUAAUAACAAAAUGAGCUGCCUCAAGGCCCCGUGUCGUCCCCUGCCGCAGGCCACAGUAUGCACAUGACGCGCCUAACUACUGUGUGUGUCUUCACUUGCUUUCACGACGGCGGCUUCUAUGCACCACAAAUUUGUGUGUGUGUGUGUGUGUGUGUGUGUGUAUACACACACACACACACACACACCGUGCGCCGAGUGUUGAAGUGCAUUGUUGUGUUCUCCUUCGUAUAUUUUGUGAUUUUUUUCUCAGUGGGAUUGUACGACCUACAGCAGACCAAGUCAGAAAACACACCACAGGAAUACCUACAUGAGACAAAAACAGAAACACGAGCGAGGUCCAACACACAACUCCAGGACAAAAGUGAACAAUGGAGAAGACGUCAGCCAGCGCAACGAGAGCACAACGAAAUGCAUCACGAACCAGACAAGGAAUAUGAGGACGCGAUAGAAGGACAAGAAGAGCAUCCUCACUCAAAAUUCAUUCUUGCUCUCGAAAAGAAUGAAUGUUACUUUGGCUGAGGGGCGUGUGACUUGGAGUGCAAGAGAAAAGGAAUCGGCAAUUGACUACAUGUUGGUGAAUGGAAGAAUGCGUGAUAUUGUGUCGCACAUGUGGAUAGAUGAGGAUGGUUUGGUUGAUAUUGUGUCCGAUCACAACAUGCUGGUGGUGGAGUGCUUGAUGCAGGGUGGGAAUGAAGUGAAAGUGGCAAGUAAGAAAAAGAAGUGGAGACUGAGAGAUGUAGGGUGGGAGAAAUUUCAGGUUGAUCUGAGUGAGAGAAGCUGGGACGACGAAAGUGUGCAUGACGUGGAGCGUCUGAAUGAGAAACUGGUUGAGGACGUGAGGGGUGCUGCUGAGAACCAGAUAGGGUUUGUGAGAGUAGGUAGAAGAAAGAAUGUAUGUAAACCAUGGUGGAAUGAUGCAAUCAGAGCAGCUAGGAAGGAGCGAAAGAGAAUGAGUAGACAGUGUAGAUGGCUGAGGAAAAAGAGGCAUGAAAGCGAUGAGGCAGAGAAUGAGUAUCAGAAUGCAUGGACAGCGUAUGUGAAGCAGCAGCGGUUGACAAGACGAAUGAUAAUGAAUGCUAAAGUGAAGAGUGAAAGGAGAGUGAUUCAAUCUUUAAGGGAGAAAGGUAUGGAAGGUGGCCGUGAAUGGUACAAGUUCAUGAGAGGUGAGAAUAUGUCAGGCAGUGUUGGUGUGGAGAGUCUAAAAGUGGAGGGUGUAGUUAUAACAGAGAAGGAUGGAAUCAGGGAGGCAAUCAAAGGGUUCUGGGAAGAUGUAGGUGGGGUAGGUGAGAUGUUUAGUGUGAGAGAAGAAUGUGUAACACUGGAAAGGAAGAAUGCAGAUGAACUGGAUGAAAGAAUCAGUAGGGAUGAAGUGGAGAGGUGUGUGAGAAGGCAGAUAAAUAAUAAUAUAAUAAUAUAAUAUAUAAUAAUAUAUAAUAAUGAUAAGCUGAGAUAUAACACAGUAUUAAGCCAAGCCUUCAAUUCACACAAGCUUUUCAAUGAUUUCACAUUACGCCACACAAGGGACGAGACAUUGCAGUGCAAGCCCCGCCAGGACAAGUUUGAAUUUGGCGCUUCAAUCAGUAACAUCUAGAUACUUUGACAAUUACAGUUAUAAUGGCCUGAGAUUUAUUUUUACACGCUUAUAAUUCUUUAUAUUUAAUUUUCUAUUAGUUUAGUAUAAUGUAAAAGAAGUUGGUGCUUGUUAUUGAAAGCUAAAAGUGUCUUGUGGAUAGGUUUGCUUGCGUACUGUGCGGAGCAGGCUGGGACAGACGACACAACCAGACGUCAGACACAAGGCACUAGGUUAAAAGGGUGCCAUAAACUGCUGCUUUAUUUAACGUAUUUUGGCAGAACAAGACAGUGACAGGGGCCGUGGUGGGUGCCUGCGUGUGCUGGUGCAAGCUUGGUGCCUGCCGGGAGGUGCCUGCAGUGCCACAAGGGAUAAUAUUGGUAAGAAACCGGCCCACCACUUGUCCAGCCAGCUAAUUUGCACAGUGUGAUGUAACAGGCGGUAACUGUGAUAGUGUUGUUACGUGUCACCCACAACAACAACAACACAGGGCUGUCAGAUACAAAUGUAGAGGGACGAAAUAGGGAAGCAGGAAGACCACCACCACCACCACCACCAUCACCACCAGCAGUGUGGAAGAAAGUUUAGGCAAGCGAAGAAAGUUGGAAAAUUAAUAAUUAAACGCUUGCUGUCUUUUAUUAUCUUGAGUAUAAAGUGGUUAUAUGACAAUCUCUCUCUCUCUCUCUCUCUCUCUCUCUCUCUCUCUCUCUCUCUCUCUCUCUCUCUCUCUCUCUCAGCUUUGUAUUAGUUACCCGUUGACAGAAGUGACAGCCGCGUUUUCUCUUGUCAGAUGUAAACAAAGCGGUAGUUUCCUUCCAGCUGGUGAUAAAACUCUUUCUCGCUCUUCCUCACUCUCCCACGUCACGGAAGCAGUGUGUGUGUGUGUGUGUGUGUGUGUGUGUGAAGAAGAAAACGUUAUAUUAUAUCUACGUGUUUAAAAGUUUCCUUCAUUUAAGUCCAAAGAGGCUGGCUGGCUGAUGCUAAGGAAGGAAGAAAGGGGUGGUGUUUAGGGGUCUGGGAUGGAAAGCGAGUGAUGUGUUUUGUAGCCUUCAGAUAAAAAAUAUUAACAAAGUUUACACAGUGGGAAAAUUUUGGUGGUGAGAGAGAAAAUGACUAAAAUAUUACCUCAAAUUUAACCAAACGUGGUGGAGCUUCACACUCCUCAGCUGACCCUAAUCAAACCAAGCCUAACCCAAAGAAGCCUACCCUAACUUGUGUCUGGUGCUUCCUCCUCCCCAAGACUGGCUAUCUCGUGUCUUAAUCCCAAGCUGGCCUAACCAAACUUUACCUAACCUAACCUAAGCAAUUCUAACCUAGCCAAACCUUACCUAAGCAAGCCUAACCUAGCCAAGCCUUACCUAACCUAACCUAACCUAACCUAACCUAACCUAGCCAAACCUUACCUAAGCAAGCCUAACCUAGCCAAGCCUUACCUAACCUAACCUAACCUCACCUAACCUAACCUUAAGAAACCUAGCCAAACCUAACAUAACCUAGCCUAACCAAACCUAACCUAACCUACAUCCUCUUCCCACUGCCCCACUUAACCAAACCUAAUGUAACUUUCAGAGCAACGGCAACCCUCCGAUCCGGCAAGCAAGUUGGCGGCAGCGAUGGUGGUGGCGGCGGCAGUGGUGGUGAGGUGGACGGCAGGGACAGAGGGGCAGUACAGGCUGCGGACAUCAAGGAGAAGAGGAACGCACGGACAAGCAAGGUGUUAUUCGGCAGUCUGAUCCUGGACCUGCUCGGCUUGAAGGUGGUGCUGCCUGUGUCUCCUGCUCUCCUCGACUGUUACUCCAAGCACAACACCAGCGGCUUGUAUUCCUCUCAGCUCUCCUGUGUGACUUAUUACCAGCAUAUCAUCGGUUUCGCUGCGAGGUUCCAUUCUGUCUUGUUUGGCACUGAUUGGCGUGACAUUCAGCAUAGGCUUCACCGUCGGGCACACUGCGGGGGCUGCGUUGUCCCGCUGGGGAAGUACUGGGUGGUUCGCGGCCUUGGCUGUCUACGCACGCACUCUCACUGUGGCUAACAUAAUAUUCUUUGCUGUCUUCUUCCAGGAAUCGCUGCCUGAGGGCAGAAGGAGGAGGGACAUCGGUGCCAGUUUGACCGAGGCUUGGGAGGUGAUCAAUCCUAGGGCUCUGUUCUCCGUCAGCUGUGUCAAGGGCCUGGGCAGAGAAGCCUGGAGUUAACGCUGAUCUUCGCGACCCACCACAAGCAUAGUUACGACUCGUUGGCGCAGGACCGCAAGUUUUCCUUCCUGGGCCUGGUCAUGGCAAUUACAUAGAGAGGGUUUAUGCGAAGUGUUAAGACUGGAACUGAAAAAGCAACUGCCAAUUAGGCACACACCUACAUUGUGAUGCAGCUCCUUGGAGGUGGAGAGCUGGCUGCCUCAGAGGAUCAGGAAACACGAGAGGUUCACAGAGGCUCGCCUCGGGCUUUGGUCGUCGUGAGGAACCUGGUGUCAGCAGUUCACUACUUGCACAGGAAAAGCAUCAGUGUUCACGGAGACCUAAAGCCAGACAGGGGUGAAAAGGGUUGGUGUUGAGGAUAGACAGAAAAGAAAAGAAAAGAAAGGAAAGGUAAAAAAAGGAAGUUUUUUUGCAUUGAUUUUCCAUCUGCUUAUUUUAAAGAAUUUAUUGCACGGAAUAUUAUUGAUCUCCAUCAUUUGUAUGGCCUUUAUAAUAAAAAGUAUGAAUUUA